AUGUGUCAAGAGCUAGCUUCUGCAGCCAAGGAUCGGAACACCAAGGUCCCCACCUUCAGCCGCCACCCAGCUCACAUUGCACCCGGCCCCUUUGGCCCCUCCUACGGGUGCGUCUUGGUCCGCAAAGUAAAAAUGGCUGAAGUAGAUUUCGGGGAUACUGAGCUCUUUCAGCAGCUAGAUGACUCUGCACCGCCGGUCCCGUCGCAUAUUCGCUUCACAGAUAAUGAAGAAGACGAGGAGGAGAAAGGCCUGCCCCGGAGCCAACUGGAGGAGUACGACGACCACAUACAGAGACUAACCGAGGAGAAUAAAGGUUUGAGAAGAAAACUUAACAUCCUGACACGACCAAGCGGCAUCACGGUGGAUGAUGUCAACUUCGACGGGCCAGUUCUUCAAAUCCUUUAUACCAACAACUUUAUAUCAAAGCAGUGUCGUCAAGAAAUUGAAGAUAACAUCUGCAAUGUGAUUUUGAAGCACCAGAAACCGGCCAAUCAAAAGAAAAUUCCCUCCUCUCACCUGAAACCACAGAAUUCAGCGUUUGCUCUGGAGGAAGAUUUGGAGAAGUCGUCUUCCAGUAGUAUAAGAACAACAACGGAAGCCUUUAAAGUAGUUGGAAGUGUUUUGUAUUUCACGACAUUCAGUGUUGAUAAACUUGGACAACCUCUGCAAAGUGAGAACCCUCAGCUAACAGAUGGAUGGGAAGUUCCAGCCUACCACCAGGUUUUCAACCAAGUCAUUGGCACAGAGGGACAGGACAUAGAAAUGAAGGACAAAAGACCUAAAUCUAUGUGUUUCAACUGUGGCUCGAGCAGCCAUCAAAUGAGAGACUGUCCCAAGCCUAAAGACAUGGCUGCCAUUAAUGAAAGAAGAAAGGAGUUUAAUCAGAAUAGCAACCAGGCCGUGCAGGGUAACCAGCGAUACCAUGCUGAUGAAGUGGAGGAGCGAUUCUCCAAAUACAAGCCUGGAGUCAUGAGUGAGGAGCUGUUGUCAGCACUGGGAAUUGAUGGCAACACCCUCCCCCCUCUGAUAUAUCGCAUGAGGCAGCUGGGAUACCCACCAGGUUGGCUCAAAGAGGCAGAGAUGGAAAACUCUGGUUUAGCACUAUAUGAUGGGAACGUUUCAAAAGAAGGUGAAAAUACCAACACACAAAACGUCACAUAUGAUGUUUCCAAACUAAUAGAUUUCCCAGGAUUCAAUGUACCAGCACCAAACAAAAUGAAAGACGAAUUCAUGCAGUUUGGUUCUAUCCCAAUGCAGAGCAACCACAUGAAGCAAAACUACGCAGCCUACCUGUCCAACAACUUUGCUGCGCCUGGAGCCACCUGCAACAAGAGGCGGCAUGAAUCUGACUCAUCUCCACAGCUAAGGAAGAAGACGAGGUCCAGCCCUGAUCGGAGCUCAGACAGGAGCUCUGAUAUGGAUAUUGAAUCAGAUCCAGGAACACCUUAUAACCAAGGUGCAGGUGACUUCCAGUUCCAACCACCGCUGCCCCCUGGCUCUCCUUGUUUCAGUUCACCUCCUCCUUUACCCCAUGGCACUCCUCCCGCUACUCCCACUCCCCCUCCUCUCCCUAAAGGUACUCCUCCUCCCACACCUACAAAUGGCUCUCCAGCUUUGCGAGGGCAAAACUGGGUAGUGGUUGAUGAGACUGUGGAGGGAACGGAGGAUGAACUGACUCUGGAGGAACUGGAGGAGCAGCAGCGGCUGAUCUGGGCAGCUCUUGAAAAUGCUGACACAGCUACCAAUAGUGACUGUGAGACACCUGCGAUGGGAACACCAGUACCCAGUUCAUCAAGCGUGUCCACACCUGUGCACGUUGACACAGAAACGGAAGAGAUUGAAGAAACAAUGGACACAACAGGACCUGCAGAAACAUGCAAUACCAGUGAAAAUCAGAUGGAACCUGGAGUUCCAGAGGUUUACUCUGACAGCCCGGGAUCUGUCAAAGCCAAGGAGGACAGUCCGCAAAGCCCUGAACCAGUCAAAGCCCAAAAUGAUAACCCUCAGAGUCCUGGUCCAGUCAAAGCCCAAGAUGAUAACCCUCAGAGUCCUGGUCCAGUCAAAGCCCAAGAUGAUAACCCUCAGAGUCCUGGUCCAGUCAAAUCCCAGGAGGACAGCCCACAGAGCCCUGAGCCAAUGAAAUGCCAGGAAGACAACCCACAGAGCCCUUUACCUGCUGGAGGAACUGGAGAGGGUGCCUCUCCUAAGCAUGGUGAUAAGGUAACAGCUGUUCCUCAUCGGAGCAAGUUUGCAGCUGGCAUCGUUCCUUUUGAAGACACACCAGAAUAUACGGAAGUUGCUGAGGCUACAGGGACAUACCUUAAGAUCAGAGACUUACUCAAGUGUUCACCUCGAAAUUUGUCCAAGAAAAAAUAAGUUUACUUUGUGUAUUAUAACACAAAGAUACCUUGACAUUUUUUAAGCUAAAAAUUUCUAUUUUCAUUUUCAUGACCAUCUUAUCGAGCAUUUUUUUUAUUUCAUUAUUUUGUACGAAGUUGAAUAUCAAUUCUGUAUAUACAUUUGAUCUGUAAACAUACAAUUUGGCAAGGGAAGUGAGGGAUGCUGCAACACCAAUGGUUUGUAGGGUUUGACCCAUGUGUCUCCAAUUUUUGUCGCAGUAAUGCCUUUUAUUGUAAAAAUUGUCAAUGGUCAUGUUCUGACCUGCAUUGAUUUUCAUAUCAUGGUAUUUUAAAUGGCUUUUUUCUAUUUUUGUCCCACUUGAAUUGAACCAACAUUCUUAAGUAAACAUCUUGUCUUUG